AAAAAAUUGCAACGUUCCUUCUGAGAAGUCCCCAACCCCCAAUUUCUAAGGCCUCUAUACGGAAAGUUCUUCAAGCCAGAUGCUCAAGCCCUAGCAGUCCUAUAUUAAUUCGAUUCCACCCGUUAAUAGAAUGCCCACCAGAUCAGAUAUCCACUACUUUGGUGCAGGCCCAGCCCUGCUGCCAACUGACGUCCUCGAGGAUGCCGCCAAGGCUCUUCUCAACUAUAGCGAUACUGGUCUAGGCAUCGCCGAGCAUUCGCACCGGUCGGAGAUAGCCUCUACUAUCAUUAAUGAGGCCAAAGCUGAUCUGGCUUCCUACCUGGAUAUUCCAGACAAUUACGAGAUCCUCUUCAUGCAGGGUGGCGGCUCAGCGGAGUUCUCCGCUAUGGCUUACAACUUUGUUGGCGCAUGGGUUGCCCGCAAACACAAAGAGCUCGGGCCAGAUGACAGCUCAAUGCAGGAGCUCAAGUUGGCCGUGAAGAACUUCAAGAUCGACUACAUCAUCACUGGUGGCUGGUCUAAAAAGGCAGCGGCUGAAGCUGAGCGACUUUUCGGCUCCGAGCAUGUCAAUAUUGUGGCGGAUAGCCGUGAGCUGAAUGACGGCAAGUUUGGAACCAUACCGGAAGAGAGGACCUGGAACUUGUCCGAGGACGCUGCUAUGGUAUAUUACUGUGACAACGAAACUGUUGAUGGCGUCGAAUUCCCCCAAUUUCCGAAGUCUCUUGAACCGAAGCAUGAUGGACCAAUUGUCGUUGCUGACAUGAGCUCCAACAUUCUUUCAAGGAAGAUACCGAUGCAGAAUUUUUCUGCAAUCUUCUUCGGCGCCCAGAAGAAUCUAGGAUCUACCGGUGUCACCGUGGUCAUUAUCAAGAAGAGCUUGCUACCACAGCCUUCUGUGGCCUUGAUGAAACAACUGGCCCUUCCUAUCCCCCCUCGUAUUCUCGAGUUUGAGACUAUUGCUAAAAGCAAUAGUCUCUAUAACACACUAAGCAUCUUUGAUGUGUAUAUAGCGGGUCGGGUUCUGAAGAAGCUGCUGCAACAGUACCCAGACAAAGUCCAAGGACAGCAAGCUGUAUCCGAAUUGAAGGCUCAGCUUAUCUACACGGCCCUCGAAGCCCGUCCUGAUGUCUACAAGAUUAUUCCUGACAAGACAGUGCGUUCACGCAUGAAUAUUUGCUUCAGGAUUGAAGGUGGCGAUGCUGCUGAGGAAACUUUCUUAAAGCAAGGGGUUACCUUGGGGCUAACCGGGUUAAGAGGUCACCGUGAUGUGCGAGGAAUUCGAGCCAGCAAUUACAACUCGGUUUCUCUCGAAAGCGCCAAGAAGCUUGCCAGCUUUAUUGGCACUUUCGCGUCGCAAAGGGGGAAUCAAUAGAAAAAGUUGAAUCCUCAAAAGUCUGAUUCCAAGCUUCCUGGUUGUGCUGAAUCACCACCACAUCUCUUAGCAAGUUUGAUCUUUUUGAUAAAUGUUUGCAUUUAUAGAUUCAUCGCUCAAUUGCGGCGAGUUACCGUAGCUACUUUCGCUAUGAACCUGGUGCAGUAAUCAGCUGAAACAUUCAUUUCUUCAUAGUGAAGGAUAGUAACCCGAAUACCCUAUCUUCUCAUUCACUUCC